AUGUCUCGAGACUUAACAAUUGAAUUACAAUCUAUUCGUGAUGGUAAAGCUUCUAUCGAACAUCAAUUAGACAUUCACGUAAAUGAUCUCUUUGGAGUUCAAGAUAAUUUACAAUUAUCAUUAGAAGAUGUAUUGGAAGGAUUAAAAUAUGUUAUGAACUAUCGUAUAAAGGGUGGCAGACUUCCUAAUUUAGAUUAUGAAAUAAUGAAACGCUUAUGUGAAGGUCUAUUAUUUAACAUGCGAAAGUCUGAAGGUGGCUUACUAAAACGUAAAUUAACAUACGAAGCAAACCAAGCAUUCAUUCUUUUUGUUGAAGAAUUUCGUCAAACAGUUGGUGAAAAAAAUAUAUCAGAUCUUUACAAUUCACUUAAAUUUCAUAAACGUUGUCGAAAAGAUGCUGAUCCCGAUGUUAAACAAGCUGCUGUUGCUAUCAUUUAUAUGUUGACUACUUGGUUUUCACAAUUUUCAGAUUGGCAUGAAUUGGUAAAAGAAGAUGAUCAGGAUGAUGUUGAAAAAGUUAUAAAAGAAUUUACCGAUUCAAUAAAAAAACCUUCAAUGCCCCCUCUUCAAAGUGCUGCUUUACCUCCUCCAUCAUUGUAUUUUGAUCGUGAUGUUACAAGACUAUUAAAAAUGUUUCGUAUUUCAUUAAACGAUGGUCUUUCAUCAACUUCUAUUCCUUCGCUAUUGGAACAUUAUGGCCAUAACCAAUUACCAGAACCACCAAAACCAUCAAUACUAAUGAUGAUAAUAAAUCAACUCAAAGAUUUCAUUGUUGUAAUGUUGUUGGUUUUUUCUGUUGUAACUGGGGCAAAACAAGAUUUCAAGGGAAUGGGUGUCUUGUUAUUUGUUGUUGUUCUAAACACUUUAAUUGGGUUCAUACAAGAAUUCAAAGCUAAUAAGGCUUUAGAAGCUUUACAAAAAUUAACUGUCCCAAAGGCAAGAGUGAUUAGAGAUGGUGAACAAUCAAUUAUAGAUUCUAAUCAAUUGGUACCUGGUGACAUUGUAAUAUUGGAAGAAGGUGAUUCAGUUCCUGCUGAUUUACGUAUUGUUGAAAGCUCUAAUUUAGAAUUAAUUGAAUCAAUUUUAACUGGUGAAAGUGUUCCUACCUCUAAAAAUAUUAAGAAAAUUAUGACUAAAACAAGAAAUCUUCCAUUAGGCGAUUGUAAAGGAAAUGCAUUUAUGUCAACAAUUGUUGCAAAAGGUCGUGGAAAAGGUCUUGUAGUUAGAACUGGAGAUGAAACUGAAAUUGGAAAAAUUAGUGCAGCAAUAACUUCUGUUCCUAGAAUGAGAACUCCAAUUCAAAAAAAAUUAUCUAAACUUGGAAUAUGGCUAGUAAAUAAUGCAUAUAGGAGAGAAACAGUUUCUGUUGUUCCUGAAGGCUUAGUUGCUGUUACAACAGUUACAAUGGCCAUAGGUGUUAUACGUAUGGCUGCUAGAUGCGCAAUUGUGAGAACAUUACCUGCUGUUGAGACACUGGGUAGUGUUACUGUUAUUUGUUCCGAUAAAACCGGUACUUUAACUGAAGGAAAAAUGGGACCAUGUGAAUUAUGGACUGCUGAUAAUUCCAUUUAUUCAUUCACCGAACCAACAUCACUAGAUCCGAACAAAG